AGCGCAUUGUAAACUCCGCGCUUGUGUUCAACAGUCAGGCGCAAUAUUGAUUUCCAGAGCCAAAGGAGAGUGUCAUAGGCAAGAGUUUGCCGUACAUUCAGUAUGUGGUGAGAAUUGGCCCGAUUGCUGGGAACAGCGAGUGGUAAAAAAAAGAGAGCCAUUCUGGCAAGAAAAAGGGCGUUUUGUGACGCAAAAAGCCAAUCCGAGGGGAUUUUUGCAAAUCUUCACUAAUCAUCCAUGGUUCAAGACAUUUGCGGUUUGUACAGUUUGUAUCAUCCGUGAGUCUUACUCUGCAUUUUGUGUCCACAUCAAAUGGUCUUCGUGUACGACGGAGUUCAAGAGAAAAUUUUUCAUCGUCUCUUCCGGCUGGGAAAAUUUUCCUUCCACAAUCAGCAACAUAUGAAAGCCGAUUCCUCCAAUGAGUACAAAGAGCGCCUCAUAGCAUCUGUGAAGCGAGAGGUGAAGCAGGUGAUGGAGGAGGCUGUGACCAGAAAGUUUAUACAUGAAGAAUCAGGAUCGGUCACUUCAUUAUGCGCUUCCGUUGAGGCAUGUCUUAGCCAAGGGCUACGCAGGCGAGCUUUGGGACUCUUUAAGACAUCAUCAACUACAGCACUGCUGCACAAGGUCGCCAAGCAUUGCCCAGAAGCAGCAUACAUCAGUAAAAAGGUUCUGGAUAUUGAACAUGCUGAUCCCAAUAAGAGAUCCUCAUCAAGCGGUGAUAGUACCAGCAAACCGCCCAUAUUGAAGAAGAACAGCAGCAAUUCGGUGUCCACAACCACUCCACCGGUCUCAGUUCAGCCAACAGUUAAGUAUCUCUGGAUCCGCCUUGCGCUGUAUGACAAGAAACUCUCCCGGAUCAUUGACCAUCUCGUGACAAAUGCUCCACGCUACUAUGACCGGGAUUCCCUGGUCGCAGAUCCAGACUACGGAUCAAUCUUGAGCUCACUUCUUGUUGGACCAUGUGCCCUAGAGUACUCGCGCACAAAGACUGCUGAUCAUUUCUGGACAGAUCCACCGGCAGAUGAACUUGUACAGCGUCAUCGCAUCAGCUCUAGUCAUCCCACACCACCAUCCUGUCGACGGCCAAUUCUCAAUUUCAAGCGAAGCCUGCAUACAAGCUCCGAAGAUGGGAGUAAUAGCUCAUUCAAGUCAACAGCUUCAGCUACAGUUGCCAAGGACUAUGUGGAGUCACUUCAUCAAAACUCCAGAGCUACCCUUCUCUAUGGGAAAAACAACGUCUUAGUGUUGCCUAAAGACGUUAAAGAUGAACCGAUGCCGGGGUAUUUGAGUCUUCAUCAGACAGCAUACUCCCUCACAAUUAAAUGGACUCCAAAUCAGCUCAUGAAUGGCUACACUGAAUCGGAAAAUGUAGACAAAAGCUCUUUCUGGGCUUAUGCUCUCAAUAUCAAUGUAGACGACAUAGUCUAUGUCCACUGCCACCAGGCACGUGGCACAGACACCGGUGGAACUGUAAUCCUUGUGGGACAGGAUGGAGUUCAGCGUCCUCCAAUUCAUUUUCCCGAAGGUGGGCACAUGGCGUCCUUUUUGAGUUGCCUCGAAACUGGACUUUUGCCACAUGGGCAACUGGAUCCGCCACUUUGGUCACAGCGUGGCAUUGGAAAGGUCUUCCCCCUCCUUGGCCGGGGUCGCCGUCGUCCACUUCCGUCUCUCCUUGAGACAGCUACAUCCGGCGAGGAGACACCCAUUGACUAUGUUUUCCGUGUUGUAAAUAAGAGCAACCACGAGGAAUUUCUGGCUACACAUUCUAUACUGGACUUUGGGCGUACCAGCCCACGUCGGCAUCAGCUGAGCAGUUGCAGCACAAACGAGAGCAGUGAUUGCUCAAGUAAGAGUAUGUCCAUUGAUUCAGCCAAUCCCGCCCCGGAAACAAGUCCCCAGACAAAGAACCAAGCCACCAGUAUUGCUCUUGUCUGUUCCACAAUGAGGCGUCAGAUCAUCUCUCGUGCUUUCUAUGGAUGGUUAGCCUACUGUAGGCAUCUAUCCACUGUACGUACGCACCUAUCUGGGCUUGUUAAUGGAAGAAUUACUCCAGAAGCAGGGGCUGAGGAAGGUCUCACAAAGAGUGUUUGGGAGGAAAUGCAUGUGGAUGGUGUUGUUGCGGAUGAUGCAGAAGUGUACCGAUUGGUGUACUUUGGUGGUGUUGAGCAGAGUAUUCGAAAGGAAGUGUGGCCCUACCUACUUGGGCAUUACUCCUUCGGCUCAACUGCCGAAGAGCGAGCAGAACUCGAUCAAUCCACCCACAAUUACUACGAGACCACCAUGAGCGAAUGGCUGGCUGUGGAGGCAAUUGUGAGGCAGAGGGAUAAGGAAAAGACGGCACAUGCUGUUGCCAAAUUAAGCUCAGAAAGUGGGAGUGGGGACAAGACGAAGGGAGUACAUCUCGAUGGAGAAAUGGAAAAUGAUGUUUUUGAGGAGAAUGUCUACUCUGACAUUUCCGAUGUUGAAGGUUUCGAUGACAAUGAUGGCAAUCAUAUUAAGGAUCUCCCAAUGGAUCCCAAAAAUCCAACAAUGCAACCCGAGACUGAAAGUGUCCCGGAGGAGGAUGGUACAAUGCAGGAUGAUAAGAAAGGGAUGACGCUUGAAGUGGGUGCAGAAAGUGCCGGUGGAAGCAACAAGAGCUCACCAACAGCUUCCUCCUAUGAGACUGUUGGGGCGGAAUUUAUUGAGUUUACCGACCCGAGCUUGGCGAAGAUGCUUAGCCCAAGUGUGGACAAGGAUGAGGAAGAGGAUACUGUCUGUGGAGAAACAUCGGCACAUGUGAUAGUAACAAAUGCCUCUAUUGACGUGGCCAAUCUGGCCGAAGUGAUGCAGGAAAAAGAAAAAAUUGACGAUCCAAUGUCUCCACUUCAGGAGGAAGUGGCCCAGAAUUCUUUGGAUGCAUUGCAAGAGCCAAAAUCUGCAUGUGUCUCACCAGCAAGCUCUAAUGGAGGAAUCUACAGCAGUGAAUUAUUGGAAUUGUUUGGAUUGAACCUCCAUCGUAUUGAAAAGGAUGUGAAUAGAUGUGAUAGAAAUUAUUACUUCUUUGCCAAUGAGAAUAUUGGAAAUUUGGAUAAAUUGAGGAAUGUUAUUUGCACAUACGUUUGGGAGCAUCUUGAUGUGGGAUACAUGCAAGGGAUGUGUGAUCUCUUGGCACCAAUAUUGGUCAUUUUGGAUGAUGAAUCACUCAGCUAUGGGUGCUUCUGUCGCCUUAUGGAGAGAAUGAUUGAGAACUUUCCAAAUGGUGAUUCAAUGGACAUGCAUUUUGCAAAUAUGAGGUCCCUCAUUCAGAUUCUCGACUCUGAAAUGUACGACCUAAUGCAUGCUCAUGGGGAUUACACUCACUUCUAUUUCUGCUACCGUUGGUUUUUGCUUGAUUUUAAGCGAGAACUCGUGUAUGCGGAUGUUUUUGCCACUUGGGAGGUAAUUUGGGCAGCCAAACACGUGGCAUCUGGCCACUUUGUUCUCUUCCUAGCCCUCGCCCUCCUUGAAACCUACAGAGACAUCAUCAUAGUCAACAGUAUGGAUUUCACGGAUGUCAUUAAAUUCUUUAAUGAAAUGGCUGAGAGACACAAUGCCAAUGAAGUACUCAAGCUCGCUAGGAGUUUGGUACUUCAGCUACAGACCAUUAUUGAAAAUUGAAUUUUUCAUUCCAUGCGUGGGGGGUGGUAUCCUGUUAUGUGGGUGUUAAGAGUGAUGGGAGAAUAUCGAUAGCUGACAAGAGUCUUCUUUUAGUGUUUGUAUGUACAUAAUACGAUUGAGGGAGAAAAUUGAUUAUAUCUCUAAAUGUCACUGUUACCUCUAAAAAACAUUUUACAAAUGAAUCGCUUCUACAAGUUUUCCAAAGUUGGAAAGUAUCCUUGGGAUUUUUUUCCAACUUCAGUGUUAUCUCUCUCUUGAAAUUUUUAUGUGAUUGCCGGCACAGCUAAAAAAAAGUUUGUAAUAUUUUUUAGAGUAUUUUUUUAAAUUAAAGUUUAUAUUUAUGUUGCAAAUAUAUUAUAUAAUUAUAGUAUAUAGUAAAUUGUUGAGAGCACAUAGUUAUUAUUUUUAAUUCUUAUAGUCUGUUACAACGUUAAAAAAAAUAAUCAAUUUAUGUAACAUUAUAACUGAUGUUAAUUUAAGGAAGAAAUGAUCAUAGUAUUAGCCACUGAAAUGAAUGCCAAUUUCAUCGAUUAUGUAAAAGAAAAUUUUCAAUUCCUCGAAAAAGAAAGAGAAAACAACUAAACAGGGCUAGAAAACUAUUUUCAUAUCACAAAAUUGUGAAAAACAAGUAAUCAAUUUGGAUGAAAAACUUUUAAAAUAAAUGUUAAAGAAAUUUAAAAAAAAAGUA